GACCUCACAGAGCUCCCUUGCCAACAGCCAGGCAGGACAGGGAUGCGGGGCAGGGGGAACCUCGGAGAGCCCUGUAGCCUUGCUGCAGCAAGCCUCCAGCUCGCGGUCUCUCGCUGAGGACCGAGAGACGUUGGUGUGCAGGAGAUUCAGUGCGUGUGUUUUUCAUUCCCGUGUGGAUUUGUUUCAAAGACAUUGUCAUCUGUGUAGAAGCCAGUUUCGAUCUCUGGUUUCUACCCCUUGCCCUGCUGGCAGGGCAUUGAGCAGCACCCGUUGCCGGCCAGCUGGGUGCAGGAGAUCGAGGAGGGUGAAUGGAGGAGCAACCCUGAGCAUCUGCCAUCCAGCUCCAUCCGAUCUAGAGCAAGAUGGAGCGAAUAAGGCGGAUGCUCAGGAGGAAGGCCGGGCAGGUGGCUCCAGAGCCAGCAGAAAACAUCAGCCAGCCUUCCCAGGAGGAGAGCGGCCCCUCUGUCCCCACGGGCGGGGAAGAGGCUUGUGGCCGGAGUAAGGAGAGGAGCUGCGUCGCCUGCUGGAGGAGGCGGAAGACAGCAGCUCUGCUAGCUGACCCUGAGGCACCUUCUGGGCCGAAAUGGAGGUGGCCCCGGGUUCAGCUGUGGAGGAGAGAGCCAGGAGAGGGCAGGAGCCGGAGAAGGCAGCUCUGGGGCUUCCUUUGCAGGAAGCCAAGGAGCCAGGAGCUGCGCCCCAGGGCCCAGCAGGAGCCGUCCACCACCAUGGCAACUGAGGGGCGCUGCUCCAGCCCCACCCCGGCCCUGGAGGAGCCUCCCGCCAGCCCCACCCUGGCCCCAGAGGAGCCUCCCGCCAGCCCCACCCUGGCCACGGAGGAGCCUCCCGCCAGCCCCACCCUGGCCAUAGAGGAGCCUCCAGCCCCACCUUGGCGACUGAGGAGCCUCCCGCCAGCCCCACCCUGGCGACUGAGAAGCCUCCUGCCAGCCCCACCCUGGCCAUGAAGGAGCCUCCUGCCAGCCCAGAGCAGGAGUUGAGCGACUGCGUGACAAACACCAGCAGCUCCGCAUACUCCUGCGGGGCCAGCAGCUCCUCCGUGGGGUCUGGCACCCCUGUCUUUGAAGGCUCCCUCUUUGGAGACACCCCCAGUGCCCAGGUGUCGUGGCCUGAGGAGGAGGAAGAGGAGGAGUGUGAGGAGGAGGAGGAGGAGUAGUAUUUGUGCCCUGAGGAAGAUACCAUCUUGGUGAUCCAGCAGCACCUCCAGGGCAGAGCUGAGACUCUGCACAACCGCUAUUCGCGAAGCCUGGACACCAUCCUCAGGGACCGGCUAACAGAGACCCCCACCAUGGAGAAGCUGCAGCACCUCCUGGAGCACGUCCAUCCCUCUCUCCUGUCAAACAACACCCAGGAGAGAGCCAGGGCCGUACAGACCCGCGCGGCCCUGCUCCAGUUUGCCACCUCCCUGCCUGGAUUUGACGUCUUUGGCGAGCUCUUCACGGAGGAGCAGAAAAGAUCUUUCCUCCAGGCGGGGCUGCUGGCCAUCCACCACCACCUCCUCCACGUCAGCCAGGCUGGCCUGGUGCUGACCUAUUCCAUCUUGGGGGAAGCCGGCCAGCUGCUAGAGGAUGAGCCUCGCUCCAGGCCCUCCAUCCACCCGCUCCAGCUCUGCCUGCUCCUCCUCCUGAUCUUCCCCAACCCCUCCGAUUUCGACUACAUGGCUUCGACCUUUGCGUGGAUAUGGACUUUGGCUCGUACUUCUGACCACCCGGCUUCGACCUCUGGCCUGGACAUGGACACUGACUCCGGUUCUGCCUGGACAUACUCAGCACCCGGCAGCAGUAGACAGGCCCCACCAUUAAUCAAACCCUAACCCCGCCCCAUGACACCUUAGUCCCUCCCACCUGUCACCGGAAGUCCCGCCCCAUGCGGGUAUUACUUCGUGGGCAAGGCGGCCACAUGACUGGAAGCCAGGUGUGUCAUGUGACCCCUCUAAGAACUCCUCCCACCACCCUCUACCAAUCAGGAUGGGUUUCCUCCUGGAAGGACCCCCCCAAGAGGAGAUUUGACCAAUCAGGUCGAGCUCUGGGGUGGGAGGGUGACCCAUCCCGACGUGUGUCUUGUGACCCCUCUAAGACCUCCUCUCACUGCCGUCAACCAAUUAGGAUCGGUUUUGUCCUGACAGGACCACCCCAAGAGGAGAUUCUGACCAAUCAGGGUGAGUUCUGGGGCAGGGUGACCCGUCCGGUAGUGGGCCGUUUGACCCCACUAAGAACUCCUC